AUGUCACAAAAGCCAGGCGCGGAGCCUGGUGGGCUGGCGUGGGCGGCACGGAGUUCGGGGCCGCUCGGGACCAUGGGCUGCUGCCAAGACAAGGACUCUCAGACCUCCGAUGAUCAGGCUAAGGAGGCUGAUUCGGAGGAAGUCGAAGGCACCGAAGAGGUCGAUAUGGACUCGCCGGACCAAAAGACUCUCAAGUCGAACGAAAGCCUUCUGAUCACCGUGCUGUGGCGGCGGCUAUCCCUGUGCAGCCAUCGGGGCUCUCGUUCAAACAAGAGGCACUCAGUCCAGAGUCAAAAGCAUGCGUUACAGCAGAGCAAGCGGGAGGGGAUCCUGGAGGAGCCGGAGAAGGGGUGACCCCAACCUGCUCUCAAUCUGCCCCAGCCUCCGGAGAAUAAAGUUUCUAACGUGUA